GCCAUGAUCUUACUGAAUGGGGGAGCAGACUCGAUGGGCUGAAUGGCCUGCUUCUGCUCCCAUGCCCUAUAAACUUGUAGGAGUGUAGCAGAGCACUGUUACACAUCACAGUUUUGGUAAGGGUGCUGUCUGUCUCCUAGGGUGGUAACGACGAAUACCUGCGACUGGGGCUCUGUGUCCACCACUGACGUUGCUUUCCAAAGGAAGACCAGACUGACCAGUCGGUUCUUGAAACUGUAGCAUUCGGGAGCUCGCUGUGUAUCCCCCACAGCCUGGUGUUGGGAUGCUGCCAGCCGUGACCCAGUGCAAGGGGUCACAGGAUGAGCGUCGAGCGAGUGAGCCCUUCGUCGCUCAGGGAGGAGGUGACGACGGAAGGAGACGAACAGGCUGUAUCUCCAGGUGAGGACACCCCCACCCCGGGCACUGACGCGGCAGGCCGCGGUUGGCAGAGGGUCGCGCUCCCGGGGACACCCCCCGACGAGGAGGAGGAGGACAGCGAGAGGGAGCUCUCCGACACCAGCUCGGCCGGGAAUGCCGCGGAGGAUCCGGCCGAUUUCCUGGCACAGCCCGCCCUCCUGGGGAGGGGCGGGGCGGGGAGCCCGGGCCGUGCCCCCUGCCCCCGGAGCGAGGACGUUACCGCCGAGGCCUGGCGAGCCCACCGCAAGCAUGUCUUCGUUCUGAGUGAGGCAGGAAAGCCUAUCUACUCCCGCUACGGCAAUGAGGAGGCUCUCUCCUCCACCAUGGGGGUCAUGAUGGCCCUGGUCUCGUUUGUACAGGACGGGGAUAACACCAUUCGCUCCAUCCAGUCAGACGACUACAAGGUGGUGUUUAGCCAGCACGGCCCCCUGGUGCUGGUGUCGGUAUCCCGAAGCCACCAGUCACCAGCGCAGUUGCGCCGGGAGCUGUGCUACGUCUACUACCAGAUCAUCAGCCUGCUGACCCAGGCCACCGUCACCCGCAUCUUCCAGCACAAGAAGAACUACGACCUCCGGCGCCUGUUGGCCGGCUCCGAGCGCAUCCUGGACAACCUGCUGAGGCGCCUGGACACGGACCCCGGCUUCCUGCUCGGCGCCGUGCAGUGCCUCCCCCUGGCUCCCUCCCUGCGCGAGGCCGUGAGCUACCUCCUGCUGCGAGCCGUCACUCCCAACCUGGUGUUCUCCAUCCUACUGGCUCAGGGCAGGCUGGUCAGUAUCGUCCAGGAACGGGCCGUCCUGGAGGACACGAGGUUACACCCGGCCGACCUGCACCUCCUCUUCAACCUGCUGGCGGGCUCGUCGGCGCCCCCGCAGGCGGGAGAGCUCUGGACCCCGGUCUGCCUGCCCCGGCUUUACCCAGACAGCUACUUCUACGCCUACGUCUCGUACCUGGACCCGGCGCAUGGUGUCUGCCUGCUGCUGCUCUCCACUGACCAGGCCGCCUUCUACAGCGUGGCGGCCUGCAAGAGGAGGAUCGAGGAAGGCCUGAGGGCCCAGGGCUUGCUGGCCGCCAUCCAGGCCGCGCUGAGGGUGGCCGGGGGUGCCGGGGCUUCCAGGCUGGGCCUCUCCGAGCUCCGGCACUUCAUGUACAAGCCGCUGGAUAUCCCAGAUAACCACAGGCAGCUCACCCAGUAUACCAGCCCCGAGAUUGAGGCUCCGUACACGACAGAGCAGGAGAAGGAGCACCUGUUUGACCUGUACCAGUAUUUACACAGCAAGAUCCACAGCUCCACGCGGCCCCUGAAGCUCAUCUACCACGUGGCGGAGCGAGAGACCUUGCUUGCCUGGGUGACGGGGAAGUUUGAGCUGUACGCCUGUUACAGCCCCCUGGUCACUAAAGCUGCUGCCAUCAGCAUAGUCACCAAGGUGCUGCGAUGGAUCCGAAAGGAGGAAGCUCAACUCUUCAUCCACUCCCCAGCCAAAUACUCCACCACCCCGAGCCCCGGCCGCAGCCCCCAGGGGCCCGAACUCAGCCGUCUGGAGUCUGGGGACAAUGGCUUCCCGUCCCUACUGUAAGGGGUGGGGGGGGGUGUCUGCUCCCCCCUGCAACUGGCCGGGGGGUGGCUGUUACUCGAGGAUAGCAUCUUCAAGGCCCACCCCUCCUGUUCUUUCUGGUGCGUUUCGUGCCAGGCCCACAUGUUAAAAUGGGGACGAACCAACUACGCACUGCUGCCUGGGUAUUGUGUUGGUGGUGGGGCGGGGGGGCAUCUGUUCAAUAAAUUCACUUGUGGCUAUGGAA